GCCUCCAGGGCCAAACGGACAAGCUCAUCACGUGGACGGUAGCCAGCCAAUCCAGUUUGAACCUCAUUUUUUUCCUCUCACCCCCCUUCAGGAGCGGUUGUGCGAUCAGAUCGAUCUAAGAUGGCGACUGUGGAACCGGAAACCACCCCUACUCCUAAUCCCCCGUCUACAGAAGAAGAGAAAACAGAAUCUAAUCAGGAGGUUGCUAACCCACAACACUAUAUUAAACAUCCUUUACAAAACAGUCUGUACAACCAUAUCCAAUUGUCUAGUAAUUUAAUGCCUGGCUGUGACUACUCACUUUUUAAGGAUGGUAUUGAGCCGAUGUGGGAAGAUGAGAAAAAUAAACGAGGAGGACGAUGGCUAAUUACAUUGAAUAAACAGCAGAGACGAAGUGACCUGGAUCGCUUUUGGCUAGAGACACUGCUGUGCCUUAUUGGAGAAUCUUUUGAUGACUACAGUGAUGAUGUAUGUGGAGCUGUUGUUAAUGUUAGAGCUAAAGGUGAUAAGAUAGCAAUAUGGACUACUGAAUGUGAAAACAGAGAGGCUGUUACACAUAUAGGGAGGGUAUACAAGGAAAGGUUAGGACUUCCUCCAAAGAUAGUGAUUGGUUAUCAGUCCCAUGCAGACACAGCUACUAAGAGCGGCUCCACCACUAAAAAUAGGUUUGUUGUUUAAGAAGACACCUUCUGAGUAUUCUCAUAGGAGACUGCGUCAAGCAAUCGAGAUUUGGGAGCUGAACCAAAGCCUCUUCAAAAGCAGAGUGGACUGCAUUUAAAUUUGAUUUCCAUCUAAAUGUUGCUAAGAUAUAAGAGAAGUCUCAUUUGCCUUUGUCUUGUACUUCUGUGUUCAUAUAUAUAUAUAUUUUUUGAAUUUUGGCUAGAGUGUCCACUAUCCUAAUCAAAGAAUACAGUACAUCAUCCCCAGAAUCCAUAAAAGUGUUCCUGGCCCAUUCUGUAAUAGCUUAGUACAAUUACCAUUGCAAACACUUUUCCCAUCCACAACAUUAAAAAAAAGAAGUUACAUUUCGAUACCUUACUGGGAAAAAAUGUUGUUUAUGUUCCAUGUAUACAGGAGCUCAUUUUGCUGGUUUGAAAGAGUAUGAUGCAUACAGUUUUCUAGCAAUUGUCUUUGUUUCUAUUUACAGCAUUAUCUUUGCUGUACUCUUGCUGAUGGCUGCUAGAUUUUAAUUUAUUUGUUUCCCUACUUGAUAACAUUAGUGAUUCUGAUUUCAGUUUUUCACCUGUUUUGCUUUUUUUUUUUUUUUCCCUCAUGUAACAUUGGUGAAGGAUCCAGGAAUAUGACACAAAGGUGGAAUAAACAUUAAUUUUGUGCAUUCUUUGGUAAUUUUUUUUGUUUUUUUGUAACUACAGAGCUUUGCUACAGAGUUAUGCAAUUCAUUCAAAUCAGUGAUUUAUGUGUGAUUUCCUAAACAUAAUUGUGGAUUAUAAAAAAUGUAACAUCAUAAUUACAUUCCUAAUUAAAGUUAGUAUGUCUGUUUUUGUAUCUUUAUGCUGUAUUUUAACACUUUGUAUUACUUAGGUUAUUUUGCUUUGGUUAAAUGGCUCAAGUAGAAAAGCGGUCCCAUUCAUAUUAAGACAGUGUACAAAACUGUAAAUAAAAUGUGUACAGUGAAUUGUCUUUUAGACAACUAGAUUUGUCCUUUUAUUUCUCCAUCUUCAUAGAAGGAAUUUGUAUACUCCUUAUUGCAAGGCAGUCUCUAUUGUGUCUUCUAUGUGAACAGCCUAAGUUUGGAGCACUAGUUUGAUUAUUAUGUUUACUACAAUUUUUAAUAAAUUGAAUAGGUAUAGCAUCAUA